AUGGAAACCUUGGACGUUCAAAGUAGGUCCUUUGUGGUUCGAUGGGUAAAGUGUGCCAGUGGAGAUACCGUUGAUUAUCAGGUCAAACCGUUGAAAAAAUCAAUCGAGUUAGGUAUUUAUAAAAGGUUGAAAAAUUCUGUUGAUGCUCAAUCUGUUUCUGUUCAUAUCGCUCCUGAUACUCAAGCUUUGUUAGAUUAUACAACUAAGGCACUUCUCAGCAGGUCUACUACUAGUUCUUAUAACAAUGUUACGAAUCAAGAAAACCGAGUUAGUUUAGAUGUCACCGACUCUCAAUUAUUAAAGAAAAGAUCUAACACUCAUUCUAGUGAUGUGAAGAAAAAUGACAAGCCUCAUAGAUCUCUCUCUCUGACACACAUCCAGCAACAAUCGAAGGAAAUCCCUCUUCGUGAUAAAUUGGCGGCAGCUGGGUUCUCCCUUGUCGAAUGGGUGGGCCAUGUCUCUGGUAAUGAACUAACUCAAGGUACUUUAGAGGUCAAAGACGAUGAUUAUUACUAUGCUUUUAUUUUAGAUAAUACAGCAUCUAAAAACGUCAAGAAAAGAAUCUUGUUCAAUGCUAGUGUCCGUCAUUCGGCAGAUUAUAAGCCAAAGGAGGUUAUUCGCAUCAAUUCUUCAGCUUCAAGAAUAUCUAAACCAAGAUUAUCAUCUGCAUCAUCAUCAUCAAAGGAAAAUUUAGAUGUAUUGACUGUGGGGCAAGGAAGAUAUCUACAAGGUUAUCUUUAUAAAAAGAGAAGAAAGAAAUUACAGGGUUUCAAGAAAAGAUUUUUUUCAUUGGAUUUCAAAUAUGGCACUCUUUCUUACUAUGUUAACGAGCAAAAUCAGACGUGUCGUGGUGAAAUUGUUAUUAGUUUAUCUACUGUAAGUGCAAACAAAAAGGAUAAAUUAAUUAUUAUAGAUUCUGGUAUGGAAAUAUGGGCUCUAAAAGCUAGCAGUGUUACACUAUGGCAAAAAUGGGUGGAUGCUUUACAAUCUUGUUUUGAUGAAACUGAAGUUAAUGAAAAAGAAGAAACUAUCGAUGAAUCACUCACUCCAAAUAAUUCUAAUGGUAGAAAAUCUCAGAGACGUUCUUCGAAAAUGAUGUCAUAUUUAUCAACAACUCAAGGUCCAUAUAUCCCAUUACCUCAGGAAAAAUAUUCGGAAUUCACUGCUACUUUAAAAUUAAUAAAACAAAAAUUAGAAAACUGUAAAAUUGAAUCAAAAUCGUAUGUUCCAAUUAGCGAUCCUACAAGUUCAACAGCACUUUCCAGAACAUCGAGUCUUUCUUCACAAGGUGAAGAAGUUAAACAUGGCAACUUUAAUUAUUCAAAUUCAAACAUGCAAUCUAUGGAUUCUUUAGCAACUGAUUAUGGGGGAAAUUCACCAAUUGAAUUAUCGAAGCCAAAUUAUCAUCAGUUAUAUCAACAUUUAUCUGAUCUGGAAUUAUUUUUGGACCAAUUCGUAUCCCAAAGUUUUGUUUUGCAAAGAGAUCACCAAUGUGUAUCUAGACAAGCUACUGAGAAUAGGAUUUCAUCAAUUUCAGGCUUUAGUGAUGAUGAAUAUUUUGAUGCUGAAGAACUUACAACACAGGGUGUUAUACUUAUCCCGGAUGAAGCAGUAGACGGCGACCAGAUGUUAGCAGAACUUGAAGAAAAUCAUGAUAAAUAUAUUGAUGAUGUAUAUGAAAAAGUUUUAAAAACUAUUGAUGAUGAGACUACUUUGGAAUACAUUUCUAAUCCCGAUGAUACCUUUGAAGAUAUUACGGAAGACUUCAAUGAUAAUAUUUUAUAUCCUUUACCUCAGAUCAAUAGUUUAGUUAAACGUCGUAAUGAUGUUAAACCUUCUAAUUCCGAGCCCGUAGGUUUAUUAUCAUUUUUAAGAAAAAAUGUAGGAAAGGAUUUAAGCUCUAUAUCGAUGCCUGUUUCUUCAAAUGAACCUAUAUCCAUUCUUCAGCUAAUUUCAGAAUCAUUUGAGUAUGCAGAUCUACUAAAGAGGAUUUCAGAUUCAGACUCAGUUUUACAACCAUUAUCUGUUAUAUCUUCAUUCGCUGUUUCAAUGUUAUCCAUUUAUAGGGAUAAAACUAGAGCAUUGAGAAAACCAUUUAAUCCUUUAUUAGGAGAGACCUUUGAAUUCGUUAGUGAUAAAAUGGAAUUUCGCUUAGUUGCCGAAAAGGUCUGUCAUAAGCCUCAAAUAUUUGCCUUCCAUGCUGAACAUUCUGACUGGGAAUGUAGUUAUACAGUAUCACCAACACAAAAAUUCUGGGGUAAAUCAAUAGAACUUAAUAAUGACGGUAUAAUGCAAUUGAGAAUUAAGAAUAUGAACGAAGUAUUCGAAUGGUCUCAGCCAACAACCAUGUUGAAGAACUUAAUAGCCGGUGAAAGAUAUAUGGAACCAAUUGAUGAAUUUAAAGUCACUUCUUCAAAUGGUGGUUAUUCAAGAGUUAUAUUUACAUCUGCUGGUAUGUUUGGAGGGAGAUCAGAAAAUUUAGCUGUAAAUGUUUCUCCUUCGAGAAGCAGUAGUUAUAAAAAGGUUACAUUAUCUGGUAAAUGGACCGAAUCAAUUAAAGACAAAAAUAGUAAUAAGGUGAUUUGGAAGGUGAAUGAGCUUGUAAGCAAUCCUAAGAAGAAGUAUGGUUUUACAAAGUUUACUGCUAAUUUAAAUGAAAUUACAUCUAUUGAAAAAGGCAAUAUUCCACCAACUGACUCAAGGUUGAGACCUGAUAUUAGAGCUUAUGAAAAUGGCGAAAUUGAUAAAGCUGAAAAAUUGAAACUAGAACUUGAACAGAUGCAACGUGAUAGAAGAAAUGAAGGCAAGGACGUUAAGCCACAAUAUUUCAAAAAAGUUUCUGAUAAUAAAUGGGAAUUUAUUCGUGGUAAAAAUGGAUACUGGGAUAGGAGAAAGAGACAUGAUUGGUCUAAUGUCGUCCCUCUCUGGUAG